AUGGACAACCUGGAGGAGAUGUUUGGUGAACAAACUAUCCAGGCUAAGACCGAAGCUAUCAAAGGUCUCAUGAACUGCAAGCAAAAGGUUGGAACGCCCAUCAAGGAGCACAUGAUGAAAAUCAUGGCUUAUUUAUCUGAAGCUCAGAUGAAUGGGGCUGAGAUUGACGCUGCUGCCCAAUUGGUCAUGGUUUUCCAAACCUUGUUCAAAGAUUUCAAUCUGUUUCAGGCAUCCUACAACCUUAACUGGAAGGAGAUGUCUAUAACAAAAUUGAUGAAGGAGUUACAAGCCUUUGAGAACAUUUUCAAGGGUUCUGGAAAUAAGGUUGAGGCAAAUGUGGCUGAACCUGGUUCACCUGCGCCUAAUCCCAUAAGGAAGAAGGCAAAGGGGAAGAACAAGGGGAACAAGCCUGCGGCGAAGGCACCUACUCCUAAGAAGUCUACCAAGACUAAGAAGCAGAAGGUGGAUCCUAAGAAGGCUACAUGUUUUUUCUGUGGGAAGAAGGGACACUUCAAAAAGGAUUGCAGAGACUACCUGACUAUGCAAAAGCAAAGAGGGGUUCAAGGUAACGAGAAGUCUGCGUGA